AUGCCAUCCAAACGUUCGAUAAACCAGCCAACCCAAGUCCUCCUUAUCAGUAUACCACGCACCGCGUCAAAUCUUCUUGUCAAGGUUUUCAAUCUCCCAAAUCAAUCCAAUGUUCACAGCAACGAAAAGGGCGGUUAUUUCUUUUAUUGGGCCUUCAUUGCUGCUGCUCGACGCGGAUACAUGGAAAAGCCAGCAGAGAAAUGGACAAACCAGGAGAAGGAGGAAGUAAGGGCUAUAUAUCAGGGAUGCCUCGACAAGAUCGAAGAAUGCACUUCAGAAUUCGAGGAAAAGAACAAAAUGAUGUUCGCAAAGGAGCAUGCCUUCUGGAUUCACUCACCAGCAUCCCUCUAA